AUGAAAAAACAACGACUACUACUACGACCACAACUACUAGUACUACUACUACUAGUACGCCUACUGUGGCUACGACUACUAGUGCUGCUACCACUAGUACGACUACAGCGGCUACGACUACUAGUACUGCUACCACUAGUACUACCACCGCUACCACGACUACCACUACUGUACCAACUACAACUCCUACAACUACUAAUGCGACUACAACUACUAGUACUACUACCACUAGUACGACUACUACGACCACACCUACUAGUACUACAACCACUAGUACGACUUCAACUAGUACUACCACCGCUACCACGACUAGCACUACUGUAUCAACCACAACUACAACUCCUACAACUACUACAACGGCUACCACUACCACCACUUUGA